CUCUCUCUCUCUCUCUCUCCUCAGAAAACCCCUAUAUUUCUCCCUCCUCUUCCCUCCCCCCCUCUCUCUCUAAAGACUCACUAGCUUUCCCAAUUAUUCGGAGCUCGGACGAGUCCAGAGAUUGCAGCUGCAUGAUCUAGGGCCUUAAGCAGCUUAAUUGUCGUCGCCAUGGAUUGUGCCAGCGAUUCUUCUACUUGUCCAGUAACCCGAAAUUGGGGAUACUUACUGUAAUGGUUUGGAGUCUUUGGAGGAGCAUGGAUGCCAGGAACGGGACAAUAAGUAAUGGUGUGGUGGGAGAAAAUGAGGGGAUAAAAGCAAUGCGACCUUCGUCAGAUGGUGCUACAGAAGCUCCAUCUCCUAUUCGUCCUCUCGACAAUAAAUUUGAAGGAAAAGAUGCCCUCUCUUAUGCCAAUAUCCUUCGCUCACGAAACAAGUUUGCGGAUGCUCUCGUGUUGUAUGAAGGUUUCCUUGAGAAAGACAGCAGUAAUGUUGAAGCUCUUAUAGGCAAGGGGAUUUGCCUUCAGAUGCAGAAUAGGAUGCAGCAAGCUUUUGAGAGUUUUUCUGAAGCCAUCAGGCUUGACCCUGAAAACGCAUGUGCCCUUACCCACUGCGGAAUUUUGUACAAGGACGAAGGUCACCUAUUGGAAGCUGCUGAGUCGUAUCAGAAGGCGUUAAAGGCAGAUCCUUCAUAUAAACCUGCUGCAGAAUGCCUUGCUGUUGUUUUGACCGAUAUUGGCACCAGUUUGAAACUUGCUGGGAACACAGAGGAAGGAAUUCAGAAGUAUUGUGAAGCUCUUAAAGUUGACAGUCACUAUGCUCCUGCUUAUUACAAUCUUGGGGUGGUCUACUCUGAGAUGAUGCAAUUUGAUAUGGCACUUACUUGCUACGAGAAGGCCGCAAUACAGAGGCCCAUGUAUGCAGAGGCAUAUUGCAAUAUGGGAGUCAUAUAUAAAAACCGUGGGGAGCUAGAAACAGCUAUUGCUUGCUACGAAAGGUGUUUGGCUAUCUCCCCGAACUUUGAGAUUGCCAAGAAUAAUAUGGCGAUAGCUCUGACAGAUUUGGGUACUAAGGUUAAACUAGAGGGUGACCUCAAUCAAGGUGUGGCAUAUUACAAUAAAGCAUUAUAUUACAACUGGCACUAUGCCGAUGCUAUGUACAAUCUUGGCGUUGCAUAUGGUGAAAUGCUACAGUUUGAGAUGGCGAUUGUUUUUUAUGAGCUUGCAUUGCACUUCAAUCCUCAUUGUGCUGAGGCGUGCAACAAUUUAGGAGUUAUAUUCAAGGACAGGGAUAAUCUUGACAAAGCUGUGGAGUGUUAUCAGAUGGCCCUGUCAAUUAAACCAAAUUUCUCACAGUCACUAAACAAUCUCGGUGUUGUUUAUACCGUUCAGGGAAAAAUAGAUGCUGCAGCAAGCCUGCUUGAGAAAGCAAUUGCUGCAAAUUCUACAUAUGCAGAGGCAUAUAAUAACUUAGGGGUCCUUUACAGAGAUGCAGGCAAUAUUGCUCUAGCUAUAGAGGCAUAUGAAAGAUGCCUUCAGAUUGAUCCUGAUUCACGUAAUGCGGGUCAGAACCGGCUGCUUGCAAUGAACUAUAUAAAUGAGGGCUCUGAUGAUAAGCUUUUUGAGGCUCACAGGGAAUGGGGAAUGCGAUUUAUGAAGCUAUACCCUCAAUAUACCAGUUGGGAUAAUCCUAAAGAUAUGGAACGCCCAUUAGUAAUUGGAUAUGUGUCACCUGAUUAUAUUACUCACUCUGUAUCAUAUUUCAUUGAAGCACCUCUCUUUUUCCAUGAUUACACAAAUUACAAGGUGAUUGUGUACUCUGGUGUUGUAAAGGCAGAUGCCAAAACCCAUAAAUUCAAGGACAGGGUGCUGAAAAAAGGAGGGCUAUGGAGGGAUAUAUAUGGGAUUGAUGAGAAGAAGGUUGCUAGCAUGGUUAGGGAGGAUAAAGUUGACAUACUGGUGGAGCUUACUGGUCACACUGCAAAUAACAAGCUAGGGAUGAUGGCCUGCAGGCCUGCUCCCAUCCAGGCAACAUGGAUUGGUUACCCAAAUACAACCGGUCUGCCAACAAUUGAUUAUAGAAUCACAGAUGCACUGGCUGAUCCCCUUGACACAAAGCAGAAGCAUGUUGAGGAGUUGGUUCGUUUGCCUAAAUGUUUUCUCUGUUAUACGCCUUCGCCGGAUGCUGGUCCUGUUUGUCCCACACCAGCUCUUUCUAAUGGUUUUAUUACUUUUGGGAGCUUCAAUAAUUUGGCAAAGAUAACGCCAAAAGUAUUAAAAGUUUGGGCAAGGAUAUUAUGUGCUGUUCCUAACUCCCGGCUUGUUGUCAAGUGUAAGCCUUUCUGUUCUGAUAGUGUAAGACAGAGAUUUCUUUCAAUUUUGGAGCAAUUAGGACUGGAGCCGCUACGUGUUGAUCUUCUGCCUCUAAUUCUUCUCAACCAUGACCAUAUGCAAGCAUAUUCACUAAUGGAUAUCAGCUUGGAUACAUUUCCGUAUGCGGGAACUACUACUACAUGUGAAUCACUGUAUAUGGGAGUUCCAUGUGUCACUAUGGCCGGAUCGGUGCAUGCACAUAAUGUUGGUGUUAGCCUUCUCAAGAAUGUUGGUUUGGAGCGUUUGAUUGCGAAAACAGAAGACGAAUAUGUCCAACUUGCAUUAGAUCUGGCAUCUAAUGCGUUGGCACUCUCAGAGCUGAGACUCACUCUCCGGGAACUCAUGGCAAAGUCUCCAGUAUGCCAUGGAGCGAAAUUUACAAAAGACCUCGAGUCUGCAUACAGAAACAUGUGGCAUAGGUAUUGUCAUGGUGAUGCGCCGGCCCUGAAGAACAUGGAAGCGCUUAAACUGCACCUGCCACAGUCAGAGAAGAUCACCAUCAUGUUCUCUGACAUUGGAGAGGCCACUGGUGUGGAAGAGAAUCAUCAACAACAAGCUGUGAAGGCUAAUGGCAUGAGCUUGGUUUCUUUAUCCACUCCUAGUUUGACUAGCUCGCAGGAGAGCCAGAGUCAGAUUGUAAACGGUGUCAGGCCUAGCUAGGUAAAUAUUUGACAUAGGUAAUUUCUAUGACAUUCUUUGGUAAAACUUUGGUGGUGGUGGUGGUGGUGGUUGAUGCUGUCGGAUCUGAAUUGGGGAAAUGGGUGGUGAUUCGGUCCCUUGGUGGGUGCCAUGUUGUUUCAUUGACGAUUCUACGUUGGCGAAAAAACAGGGAAAUAUUUAUAUGCAGUCUAAAGUUUACCGAUGAAAUAUUGAGAUACAAGUUGGCCCUGUUUUGUUGCGGUGCUGGAGAGGAGCACUGAAGACUGGCUUUUUGGUAAAGCAGGGAGUUUGGUUAUUUGGGAGGUUCAUGAUUGGAAACAGCUAUGGGGUUUUGUUUAGGGUGGAAAAGAUGGGAGGCCUUACUCUUGUCACUUUGAUUAUAAUGUUGUAACUUUUAUAGUUCCAGCCUCCAUCUGUUUGUUGCUACAUGUAUACUUCCUGGAUAUCCAAAGCUAUAUAUGUGAUAUGAUAUCCCUCGAGUUAUAUCAGUCUCUCUCUCUCUCUCUCUC